AUGAACAUGAUCCUCUUGGACCUUCUCUACUCACCAACAGCAACGCCGCCUAUCACUUCUCUGCUGGCCCCAGGGAACUUACCUCCAGCCAGGGCGAAGACAAGUGUCAACACAGCGGGGCCGGACAGGCACUUGCCACACAGCCGGCCAUACCUGCGGGGUCCACGUCAGUCUGACGAGGCGGCCGACAAAGGCGCAGAAGGCGGCAGGAGGGUCACUCGCUCGGCCGCCCCUGACCCCGCCCCGGCCCCGCAGGUCCCCCUGCUCGCCCCCGGGGCCCCUGCCCGACCCCUGGCGGCACCCGGAGACGCGAAGUCCGCUCAGGGCUGGGCCCGGCCCGGCCACUUCCCUCCGCCCGACCCCGGCCCUCACCGGCGCGCCACAGGGCGGCCGAGGCCCACACCGGCUCGUGCCCCGCCCCUCCGCGACCCCUGGGCCAACCCCUCAAGAGCCGCCGGCGGAAGCCGGCCGGGCUGCGGCGACAAGCGAAGACACGAAAGCCGCAGCAGCCAUCUUGGCACAUCCGGCUCCGGCCGCCGCGCCGCCGACGUGUCCCACCGCUACGUCAGUGCGCGCCACGCCUGCCGACCACGCCCACCAGCCCCGCCCACCGCAGCUGCUCCCGUGACGCGGCGCCCGGGUGUGAGAAGAGUAAGGGUUCUUCAGUCAUACCCAAGUGAAGAACCAGUCCUGAACGACCGAGGCCAGCAGGAGCACCCACCGAGAACGGCUACUCGGCAGCGCAGAGAACCCGAGCGGCGCCCUGGCGCAGGCGCGACCCUCCCAUUUGGCCGUUGGACUUCCUCCAAGGCGAGACGGGCGGAAGACGGCUGCGCAUGCGCCGGCCUCCGCGGCGGGCCACGCGUGCGCACCUCGCGGCGGCUCGCCGGUUGCCUGGUUACGGCCACUCGCGGCUCGGGGUUCCAGUUCUGCCCGCGAAGUUCGUUUCCGUCCGCGUCCGGCGCUCGGAAAGCUGUGCCCGUCUGCCCCGCGCGGAGCCCCGGGAGGGUCCGCAGGCGCCCUUCGAGGCCCCCUGCCUGCUCGGCCCCCUGCUUGCUCGGCCCCCGGCUGCAGCCACGCCGCCCCGCGGCUCGCGCCGUCCGCUCCUGCUCCUCUUCCUGCCCCGCCCUGCCCCCAUGGAGGCCUGGCUCCCUCCGCGCCCGGUCUGGUCCCCGACACCGCGUGGACGGAGACCAGGACUCCGUUCUGUGUUGCGCAGCCGUUGAGCGGGCGUUUGCGUUGGAGCGCCUCCCCCGGGCAGCGAGUGUCAGGCCGGGCUGCCCUGCUAGCUCCCUGCUCCGCCCCGAGGAUGGCACCAUCAGAGCCCUCCCACGGUGGAUCUUAGGGACGAGGGGGUGCUGCCAUUUGUAUCCUCAUUUUCCCAAAAUGGAGAUCCUAACGUAUGUCAACACAGAGAAUAGGUGCUGGGACUCCCUGGAUCCACCCCACUGUCCCUGAUCCACUUCCUGCAGUCACUUUGUCCCAACAAACCACUCCACAGAGACAUGGCACUGUCACCCCCCCCCCACCCCCCCGCCAUGGGCACGCAGAGGCAAAGGUGCUGGGGUCCGUCCCCUCCCCCUCCUGCUAAGCCUCUUGAGUGGAGGCCUUCCGGUUCUUGGCCAUGUGGGGCCCGGUGUGGAGGAGAGGGCUCUGGGCCCACCAUCGGUCGUGGAGGCUGGGGCUCUGAGUCACAGGCCCUCGGCCUCAAGGCCCAGCCUGCUACCUGAUGCUGUGUGCCUUCUGUCAGCUUCCUUGACCUCCCUGACCAUCACGUCCUCGGCAACCUGGAGUCCAGGCGGGGGCGCACCUAGACAACUUGGGGGCCAGAAGGAGAUGCCGUUGAUGCUUAUCCCAGAGCAAC